UUCGUAAAUAGAACUGUCGCGGGCCGGACGCUCCCGUCUCCCCGGCGACUCCUUGCAGGCCUGCCUCCCGGCAGGAAUAGAACUUGGGCCGGGACGGGGAAGCCCGGCGGUAGUUCAGCCUUUUCCCAGUUGGUUUGUUUGCAGAUCCUUUUUCCUCACUUGCUGUUCAAACACCGACCCCACCGGCUUCCCGGAGUGGGCGAGACGAAGGGAGAGGACUUCGAUCUUACACCGUCCUCUCGAUUUGUUUUCUGCGUCUCCAGUGAGCCUGCAGAAGUUUGAAAUGUCGUCGACAGACUUGUAUGAUGCUGGAAAUCGACUUCGGUUUCAGUUGGAGUUGGAAUUUGUGCAGUGUUUAGCCAACCCAAAUUACCUUAAUUUUCUUGCCCAAAGAGGUUACUUCAAAGACAAAGCUUUUGUUAAUUAUCUUAAGUACUUGCUUUACUGGAAAGAACCAGAAUAUGCCAAGUAUCUAAAGUACCCUCAGUGUUUACACAUGUUAGAACUGCUCCAAUAUGAACACUUCCGCAAGGAGCUGGUGAAUGCUCAAUGUGCAAAAUUUAUUGAUGAGCAGCAAAUUCUGCACUGGCAGCACUAUUCUCGGAAGCGGAUGCGCCUGCAGCAAGCCCUGGCUGAGCAGCAACAGCAGAAUAACACGUCAGGAAAAUGAAAAGCUGGAUCCAGACCAGGCUGUUAAGACAUGCAUAUAUGCUUUUGUACAGUGAAGACAAAGAGACUCUUCCUACCUCCCUUGAUUGUGGUAGCACCUAAACCUUUAGUGUACUAUUUAAUCCAACCAACUUUUUAUUGUUAAUAGAUUAUUUCUGGUAAACCAGAAUUGUUCUGCUUUGA